AUGUCGCAUGAUGUCAGCGCGGCUGUUCGUCUCUUGUCAUCUUCUGAUUCUGUCCGUACAAUCACCCCCGAUGUUGUUCGCAUUCUCAAGGAAAAGCACCCUAUUGGAAAACCAGUAACUUUUGAUGUGGCCCAAUCGUCCUGUUUUCCCUUUUCUGUUUCUCCCAAACAACUUUUGGACGCCUUAAACUCCUUUAGGGGUAACAGUAGUGGAGGUAUCGACGGUCUCCGUCCUAUUCAUUUGAGAGACUUAAUUUCCGCCAAUGGGGAUACCGGGAAUCGCCUCUUGAAUGCUUGCACUAACUUGUGCAAUUUAUUCCUGAGCGGCAAAAUUUCUGACCAUGCUAGAAUUCUGUUCUUUUCCGCGAAUCUUACGGCCUUGGGCAAGAAAGAUGGCGGUAUCAGGCCUAUCGCUGUUGGAAAUGUCUUUCGCCGUUUAUUUGCGAAAGUCUGUUGCAAGUCCGUUAUUCCUUCUAUUGGCGAGCAACUGCAGCCCAUUCAGUUGGGUGUGGGUGUUCCUGGCGGUUGCGAGUCUUCUGUCCAUGCCUGUCGUUGUUUUAUUCACGGUUCUACUCGUUCCAAUAUUCCCCUUGCCUUAUUGAAACUGGAUGUAACUAAUGCUUUCAAUUCUCUGGACCGUGGUCAUAUGUUGGAGGUCUGUCAAGACCGUGUUCCACACUUGCUUCCCUUUAUAUCGCUUUCGUACUCAUUUCCAUCACUUUUAAUCGCCGGUGGUUCUUUCAUUUUUUCGUCCUGUGGCGUCCAACAGGGGGAUCCUUUGGGCCCAUUACUGUUUGCUCUUGCAGUGGAUGCCAUUGCCCGCGUUAAUGAAUCGCCCCUUAAUCUUUGGUAUCUCGACGAUUGCACCCUGGGCGGUCCGCCUGAUGUUUUGCUAAAGGACUUAGCCAGACUAAUUCCGGCUUUAUCCGACAUUGGUCUGGUUAUUAAUUCAAGCAAGUCCGAGAUUGUCAAUCUCUCUGUUGAACCAUCCCUGUUUAAGAACUCCUUCUCUCUUUUUUGCAAACUCCUUCCUGAGUUGAGACAGACACCUCUGUCUGAUCUGGAAAUUCUGGGGUCACCGAUUCUCACCGACUCAGCUACUCGAAUCCUCCUUGCCAAGAAAAAUCUUAUUGCAUCUCUUUGUGAAAAACUUUCUGUCAUUGAUCCUCAUCCUUCAUUUUACAUCCUCAAGAACUAUCUUUUGAUCCCAAAAAUUGUUUAUAUCCUGAGGAGCUCACCUUGUUUUUAUGCAACCCAAAUGCUGGAAUCUUAUGAUUCCUUGGUUCGGAGGUCUGCGGAGAAAAUUCUCAAUGUGCAUUUCGACGAUAUUGCCUGGUGUCAAGCUAAACUUCCUGUGAGUCACGGGGGUCUGGGCCUCCGUUCUAGUAUGGAUUUGGCUCUUCCUGCCUUUCUUUCUUCGGCGUCUGGAUCAUAUCUUCUUGUCCAAAAGAUUCUGGAAAAAACUACUGAAUCAUCGUUGGACUCUGAUAUUGAUUCAGCCCUCGCUUUUUGGAAAGGCAAUUUCUCUGAGGUCCCUUCCGAUGUCUCUUCUCAGCGAGACUGGGACAAAAUUCUCUGCCGUCGUUCUUCUACUGACUUGGAACCACUCCUCGACCAACACAGACUGGCUUGUUUCCGAUCCGCCUGUCAGCCAUACUCAGGCUCCUGGCUGAAUGUUCUCCCUUCUCCGCUUUUGGAUACUGUCCUCGAUAGGGAUUCACUCCGUCUGGGUAUCUGUAAUCGCCUUGGACUCCCUGUCUGCAGACCUCAUCCAUGUCGUUGUGGGGAUAAAGUUGACGCCUUUGGGCUACAUCCUCUGUCUUGUCGAAUGAACGCCGGCCGAUUUCCUCGGCACACCGAAAUCAACAGUCUAAUUCAGAAAGCUCUGGAAAGAGCUGGUUUCCCUUGUAUUCUGGAACCGACGGGCCUUGUUCUUGAUGAUGCAAAACGUCCGGACGGCUGUACGCUGUUCGCUUUUGAAUCCGGGAAACAGCUCGUUUGGGACGUCACCUGUUCCGACUCCUUCGUCAAGGGUGCCUUAAAUGCUACGGCUUGUCGUCCCGGCUCGUCGGCCGAGAAGGCCGAAUUUGCAAAACUAUCGAAAUAUGUUGAUUUACUCGAUCGAUUUUGCUUUUGGGCAAUUGCUGUCGAAACCUCCUGUGUUUUUGGGGCCAAGACGCUUGCCCAUCUCAAGAAACUUGGCCGCUUGUGCACCCACCGCUCCAGAGAUCCGAGGGAAUUUAUAUUCCUCAUUCAGAGGAUCUCGCUGGCUGUUUUACGCGGGAAUUGUCUUUCAAUCCUGCGAGCCAGUUCAUAA